AUUUGACAUUCGUUCAAAACAAAAUGGUUGCAUGUUGCAUUUUCUAAAGUGACAUAUGAUCAAUCAACAAGAAAUAUAAACUUUUAUUUUUAUUGUACUUUUUAAAAUGAGUAACUUGGGAAACUAUAACAAAAAUGCUAUUUGGGGAAAUAAGCCUGUUAUGAAUCAAGGUAAUACUUUACCGCCACAGAUGGGGACGUUAAACAAUUUAAAUCACUCCGGAAUGGUUCCCUUUCAACAACAGCAUCAGCAAGUUUUUCAAAAUAUGGGACUUAAUCAACCAAACAUAGGACUUGGACUACAACAAAUGGCCAACAAUCAAUUAAACGCGUCUUUAGCUUCAAACCCUAUAUUUCAACAGCAACUUGGUGCUGUUACUUAUCCAAAUCCGAGAGCUUUAAAUCCAACUGCAUUUCAAACACAACCUCCCAAUAGUAAUCUACAAAACAAUUCUACCCCAGGAGUUAAACAAAGAGUAUUCAAGGGCAUCAUAACUCAAGUUCAUGAUAAUUUUGGAUUUGUAGACGAUGAGGUUUUUUUUCAGUGGAAUGUUUGUGAUAAAGGUUCCAACCCUGUUGUAGGCGAUAGAGUUCUAGUGGAAGCUUCUUUUAAUACAUCAAUGCCUUUCAAAUGGAAUGCCACUCGUAUUCAGGUUUUACAAGGCAAUCAGCAUGCCUCUAGAGAUCCCAGAAACAGUAGUGGUGUGGGAAAUUCUAAAGUAUAUUCUUCAAAUUCAAGUUCCUACAAUGCAGUCCCACCUCCUCUUGAUAAUGGUAAUGGGUUUAAUAGACGUGGUGAUAAUAGAGAUUUUGGUAGAGACAGAUCAAAACCUUCAAUUGGGGAGAGAAGAAAUAGGUCUAGGGAUAGAGAGGACGAUGAUCUAGAUAGGAAAAGAAGAAGAGAUGAGAGAAUGAAAGAAAGGGAGAGGGAGGAAAAAGAUAGGAAGUCUCCAAUAAGAAGGAGGUCGAGAUCGCCUAAAGUUAGAAGAAGGCCUAGAGCGGUGCCAAGAUAUAUGGUACAAAUACCCAAAAUCGCUUUAGAUUUGGCUCAAGCAGACGUACUCGAAAUAAAAAGAAGAUAUAACAAUUUGUAUAUACCCUCUGAUUUUUUUCACACCUACGUACGCUGGGUAGACGCCUUUCCACCAGACAAACCUUAUGCACUAAAUAAGCCUUGCUUGUUUAAUAUUAUGAAUAAGGAACUGGAAUCUGUAACUGAAAAUGAUGCAGUCCUGGAACCGGCAGAUGCUGAUUAUAGAUUCUGCGCUAAGGUAAUGUUAAUGAGUAUAACUGGUAUAGAGGAAAUUUAUCAGAGGUGUUUUGCUAUGGCCGAAGAUAAAGAUCGCAGAGAUAGAGACAGUGAAGACAGAGAUUUCGUUCAUCCCACUCGAUUGAUAAACUUUUUAGUGGGCCUACGAGGAAAGAACGAAACUAUGGCCAUAGGGGGCCCUUGGAGUCCGUCUCUGGAUGGCGAAAAUCCGGAUAAAGAUCCUUCAGUAUUAAUAAAAACCGCAAUUAGAACCUGCAAGGCUUUGACUGGAAUCGAUCUGUCAAAUUGUACCCAAUGGUACCGCUUCGUGGAGCUGUAUUAUCGGCGCAACGAGACCACGCACAAGGGCAAAACGGUACCGGCUAGAGUCGAGACCGUGGUUCUCUUCUUGCCCGACGUGUGGAGCUGCCUGCCCACGCGCCUCGAGUGGGACGGACUACGGCAGAGCUACCGCAGUCGCCUGGAAAAGAUCCUGAAAGUUGGGGAGGAAUCGGACGACGGCAACAGCGUCAACACCGCCGCCGCCGCCUCCGCUACCAGCACCACAGAUGAAAAGGACGAGGAUUCAGCUGCUGAGAAACUGGAACCUACCCAUUAUUCGCAGCUGGAUACUAAGUGGAUGACGGUGGUGGAUUUGCGUAACGAAUUGAAGGCGAGAAAUCAGAGUUUUAAAGGUCUGAAGUCGCAGUUGAUCGCUCGUCUUAACAAGAUACUGAAAGCUGAAGCACAGAAAGAUGGGGAAGAGACCGUAGAGAAAGAAAAUGGAGAUGAUGUUGAGAUGGAAGCAGUGCCGGAAGAAAAAGAAGAAAAAGAAAAGAAAGUCGAAGUGGAAGAGAAAAAAUUAGAUGAACAACAAAAACGUCUGUUGGAGAAACGUUACACGCUGCCUGAACAGCCGCAUCUUAUCGUACAUCCAUCCAAAACAGCCAAGUCUGGAAAAUUCGACUGCACAACUAUGUCGCUGUCUUUGUUACUUGACUACCGUCCAGAGGAUACCAAAGAACAUUCUUUUGAGGUGUCGCUUUUCGCCGAACUAUUCAACGAAAUGUUAAUGAGAGAUUUCGGUUUUAACAUUUUUAAAGCCCUGUACGAAUUACCUCAAAAGCCAAAGGAAAAGGAGGAGGACAAAAAGAAAAAAGACGAUAAAAAAAGCGACGAAAAGAAGAAAGAAAAGAGAGAGGAGGAAAAGAAGGACAAAAAAGAUGAUGAGAAAGAGAAGAAAUCUGAAGAAAGUGAUUCUAAAAAAGACAAGGAAGAUGAAGACAAAAAGAAAGAACACAUUAGGGAUUCGAAGAGAGAAGAUCGCAAGUCCGACGACAGUGAAGAUGAAGAGGAUGACGAUCAAGAGGACAGAAAGGAUAAGAGAGAUAAAGACAAGAAAAAGAAAGAACGUGUUAAACUGUACACGAGAGACAAACAUUUGUUGUUAUCCUUCGUGUAUUUUGAUCAAACUCACUGUGGAUAUAUUUUUGAUAAAGAUAUUGAAGAGUUGCUAUAUACUUUAGGUUUAAGUCUGUCCAGAUCGCAAGUGAAGAAACUCGUUAGCAAAGUGGUAACGAGAGAUUCGUUGCAUUAUAGAAAGUUGACGGACAAACCAAAAGAAGAAGAGAAAGAUCAGGAGGAAGCUGAAGAAAUUCAGAGCGCAAAAGCAAUAGAUUGGCACGAAAUUGCUCAGGGCAACAGAAAAUUGCUUUCAAUAUUUUCCAGUGAUGAAACUUCUUCGGUUAAGAAAUCCAGCAAUGAAGAUGCAGAAAAUUCUAAUUCCGAUAGCGGAUUAACGGUGUACCAAGGAGCUGUGGUGGAUAUUGGAAAACUCCUCUCCCAACUAGAACGAAGCGAAAAAGCCAGAAUAGAAACGGAACAGCUAAUGGUGGAUCUUAAAAACGAAAAUAACAAGCUGUCCGAAAAAUACAGCAAGUCAAAUUCGACGAUUAAGCAUCUCACUACCGAAGCGAAAGAUUACAAAGAGAAAUUAAAGUACGAGGAUGCCUUAGGACGCGCAAACGCACAUGCUAAGUUGUUCCAGACAACUUUGAUAGACAUCCGCGAUAAGAUUGAGCCAGUCUUAAAAACGGCGUCUCACAAAGAAGAAAGGAAGGACAAAGACAGGGAUAGCGACAAAAAGAAACACGAUGAUGGAAAAUCGAAGUGGGAAAGAGAUAGAGACACCGUGAAACGAGAUACCGACAAAGAAGUAAAAAAAGACCAAGAAAUUAAAAAAGAACCUAAAGAAAAAGAUGAAACUAAAAAGGAAACCGAACCUGUUAAAAAGAAAGAACAAGAGACCGACGAAAAGAAAGAAGAAAAUCAAAAAAGUGAAUCAACAGAAAAAGAAUCAAAAUAGUCGGGUUAAUGUGAGUUUGAAUUUGUACUACUUAAGUGUUUGGGAAAUAUUUUUUGUUUUCUUUUUAUUAAAGGGGUUUAGUAAUUUUGCACACAAUAGGAGUAAAGCGAAAGCGUUCUUUUUAUUAAUACUAUUAAAGUAGGGUUGCUUCUUAUUCAGCUUAGUUGUAAAUGUUUUGGUUCUUCACUUUCGGUUCAAUAUUUUUAAUAAACUUUUUGAGACA